AUGUAUGACACUAAAGAGAAAUUCGGGAAACGAAAGUUGCAGAAUAUACCAGUUGGUUUCUUCGUUGGCCAGCAACUAUCAUGGCAAACAGAAGUUUCAACGAACCGACAUCGUUUGAACAGGCAGUUCAACUGCAGUAUGAGUACCACCCAGAAUGAACCCGGUGAUGACCAGGCCUUAGUGAGACGGUGUGCUAACUAUGGUCCAACCAUUUGGAAAUAUGAAUACAUACAGUCUCUUAAGAGCAAUUAUGUGGGAGAGGAUUAUGAGAUGAAGGCAUCAAAGCUGAAAGAAGAGGUGAAAAUAAUGAUGUUAGAAAAGAUGGACACGCCAUUCCAGAAAUUGGAGCUCAUUGACACAGUCAAGAGACUUGGAGUGUCUUAUCACUUUGAGAAAGAGAUAGAGGGUUGUUUGGAUGCAAUAUACAAUGAAACAGAUUGGUUGAGUGAAACAUUUGAUUUAAAUGAAGCAUCUCUCAGUUUCAGGCUCUUCAGACAACAUGGUUAUAAUGUUUCGCCGGAUGUUUUCAACAUAUUUAAAGACAAAUAUGGGAAUUUCAAAGAGUCUUUGUGUGAUGAUACCAAAGGAUUGUUAGCAUUGUACGAGGCCUCAUUUCUCGGUUUCGAGGAAGAGAGUAUAUUUGAUGAGGUUGAAAUUUUUGCUACCAAACACUUAAAAGAAAAUCUAAACAAAAUAAAGAAUCCAUAUUUGGCUAUGCUGGUGAAUCACGCUCUUGAGCUUCCCCUACAUUGGGCAAUGGAAAGAUUCGAGGCGAGGUGGUUCAUUGAUGCCUAUGAAAACCGAAAAGAUGUCAAUAAAGCCCUCCUCAAUUUUGCUAAGUUGGAUUUCAACAUGGUGCAAGCUAUACACCAAGAAGACCUCAAACAUGCAUCAAGGUGGUUAAGAUCAACCCUUAUUGGCGUGUUAUUAAAGAUUAUUGGUCGCAAAAUAGAACUAUGGUGGGAGAACUUUGGAUGGAGCAAGAAAUUACCCUUUGUUAGGGAUAGAUUGGUUGAAUGUUACCUAUGGUCUUUAGCAGAGGUGUACGAUCCAAGACCUGAGUUCCAAUACUACAGAAGGAUGUCCACAAGAAUUUACCAAGUUACCACAUGCAUUGAUGAUAUUUAUGAUGUUUAUGGCACUUUGGAAGAACUAGAGCUUCUAAAUGAUGCAUAUCUUGGGUGGAACGUGAAUCUUGCAGUAACGUUGCCAGACUAUAUGAAGAUAUGUUUUCUAGGCAAUAUCAAUUUGGUCAACGAAUUAGGAUACGAAGCUCUUAAGGAGUUUGGAAUUCAUGCCCUCCCUUACCUAAUAAAAGCGUGGACAGAUUUAUGUGGGUGCUACAUAAAGGAAGCCAGGUGGUUCCAUGGUGGGUAUGUGCCUUCUCUUGAAGAGUACCUGAACAAUGGAUGGAUGUCUGCUGCAACAGCUGUAAUGGCCAUUCAUGGGUAUUUCUUCAGUGCUUGUCCUUCUCAUCCUAUCACUGAAGAGGGAUUAAAAGCAGUUACAAACUAUGAUGAUAUCAUCAAAUGGCCUUCCAUGAUCGUUCGUCUAGUCAAUGAUUUGGCAACUUCAAAGAAUGAAUUGAAACGAGGUGACAUACUCAAAUCAGUACAAAUUCAUAUGCAUGAAACUAGCGUAUCAGAGGAAGAAGCUCAACAACAUAUUAAAAAACUCGUUAGAAAAGCAUGGAAGAAGAUAAAUGCAGCUCGUGCAAGGUCAGAUAACCCUUUUAGUAGGAAGUAUGUGGAUAUAGCAACAAAUAUUGCGAGGGCAGCUCAUUACAUGUAUCAAUAUGGAGAUGCGCAUGGGCAUAAUAUUAAAGGGAAAAACAAGGAUCGUGUCACAUUGCUCCUCAUUGAGCCAAUUCAACUUUCCUUCGAAUGA